AUGACGAAGAUACGGCUCAUUUUGGGCAUAAUUACUCUGUUGUCUAUGACGGCGCAUGCGGUGUCUGCGGUGGGCCAGGACACGCGUGCUGCCAAAAGACAGUCGUCGGGAAACCGACUUGUCUUUGCACACUUUAUGAUUGGAAUUGUCAGCGACAGAAGGAGUGCGGCGGACUUUGACGAUGAUAUGAAGCGUGCUAAGUCUUUAGGAAUUGAUGCAUUUGCUCUGAACAUUGGCGUGGAUCCCUAUACUGAUCAACAGCUCCAACUGGCAUACGAAUCUGCUGCCAAUAAUGACAUGAAAGUGUUCUUGUCAUUCGAUUUCAACUGGUGGCAUAUUGACCAGGCUACUGCAGUUGGCCAGAAAAUUGCCCAGUAUGCUAGCAAGCCUGCACAACUCAUGGUCGACAACAAGGUGUUCGUUUCAUCAUUUGCCGGAGAUGGAAUAAAUGUUGCAGCAUUGCGAGCUGCAGUUGGAAGAUCGAUCUUUUUUGCGCCCAAUUUCCACCCAGCUAUGGGGACAGACAUCUCGACAGUUGACGGCCUCUUGAACUGGAUGGCGUGGCCAAACAACGGAAACAACAAAGCACCAACUCCAGGUCACAGUGUUUCUGUGGCUGACGGGGAUCGAGAAUAUGUCAACGCCCUUGGCGGAAAAGCUUAUGUUGCCCCUGUAUCUCCAUGGUUCUUCACCCAUUUCGGACCUGAAGUGUCUUAUAGCAAGAACUGGAACUUUCCAUCUGAUCUCCUAUGGUUUAACAGAUGGAAUGAGAUCCUUGCAAUGAAACCCCGAUUUAUCGAAAUUGUGACAUGGAAUGACUAUGGAGAGAGUCAUUACAUUGGUCCUUUGAAAUCACCACAUACUGAUGAUGGGGCCUCGAAAUGGGUCAAUGACAUGCCCCACGACGGAUGGCUGGACAUUUCAAAACCAUACAUUGCUGCAUUCAAAGCAGGCGAGUCGUCUCCAAGCAGUCAUAUCUCAUCCGAUGAGCUGGUCUACUGGUAUCGACCUGCACCACGUGGGGUGGACUGUGACUCCACAGAUACUUGCAUGGUACCAGCAAACAAUGGCAGUGGAAAUUAUUUCAUGGGUCGACCAGACGGCUGGCAGUCCAUGGCCGACUCUGUCUUCGUUGUAUCACUGCUUACAUCCCCAGCCACAGUGCAGGUCAAUAGCGGCGGGAGCGUCUACAAUUACGAAGCACCAGCAGGUGCAAGUGCAAAGGAGGUCCCGAUGGGAGUUGGCUCGCAAAGCUUCGCAGUCAUUCGCAGUGGGCAGACUAUUCUCUCAGGGACUAGUCUGAAGGAGAUCAUCAACGGAUGCGUGUGUGGUUUGUAUAACUUCAACGCCUAUGUUGGAACCCUUCCAGCAGGAUUCAGUGACCCCCUCCAGCAAGAUGGGCUUUCUGCCUUUACACAGGGUCUGCGUGUUCACACAUGUCAGCCGACCCCCUCAUUAGGUACAGUACCCCCAGAUCCUCCAUCUACAAGUACGACCAGCACCUUGCCAGGUUCCCCCCGACUACAACACCACCACCUGGACCACCUGGACAAUGCUCGACUGUCGUGA